AUGGGAAAUAUGACACCUUCAUCUGACAAGAUCCCGCUGUGGAUAGAUUGUGAUCCAGGUCAUGACGAUGCCUUUGCCAUACUCCUCGCUGCUUAUCAUCCAUCUAUGGAGCUUCUGGGCGUCAGCACCGUGCACGGAAAUAGCUCAUUGGUAAACACAACCUACAAUGCUUUGAAUGUGUUAGAGGCCAUUGGGAAAUCGAAUAUUCCUGUCAUCCCCGGUGCUUCACAGCCGUUCUGCCGACCGUCCGCCACAGCAGAAGCUUUCCAUGGUGCCAGUGGAUUAGAAGGUACAGAGCUACUGCCUAAGUCAGCACGCUCUGUCUUCGGACGAUAUAAUGCGAUCGAAGAGAUGCGGAAGGUACUGAUGGCAACCCAGGAGAAAACAGCGUGGCUUGUAGCCAUUGGGCCAUUAACAAAUGUUGCACUUCUAUUCGCCACGUACCCUGAGGUAGCAACGCAUAUUAAAGGACUCAGUGUCAUGGGAGGGGCCAUCGGAAAUAACUUCGCCCAAGUGUCACUAGGUCCCAGUGCCGUUGAGAAUGGCGGCACAACCCUUCCUCAAGGUGGCGUCACUCCAUAUGCUGAGUUUAACAUCUGGUGCGACCCAGAGUCUGCACGGGGUGUAUUCCAGAAUCCGAUGCUCCGUCCCAAGACUGUUCUUAUCCCGCUGGAUCUGACGCAUCAAGCAUGCGCCGUGGCCGAAGUACGACAGAAGUUACUAAACGGAGAGCACGGUGCAACACGCCUACGAAUGAUGUUCCACGAGCUUAUCAUGUUUUAUGGAAGUUCUUACGCAAAUGACACCGAAAUUAAAACUGGCCCGCCACUGCAUGAUGCGCUCGCUGUUGCGGCUUUGCUGUUCAGUCAUGCUGACUCUACGCUCAAUAUUGAUAUCUUGGAUAAUGGCCAAGAAAAGUGGAACAUCGACGUUGUUCUAGAAGGCGAGCAAAUUGGGAGGACAGUGAUUGUGCCAUCGACCGGACAAGGUUCAAUAGUCCCAAGGAGUAUGGAUAUGGACAAGUUCUGGAAAGUGCUCGGCCAGUGUAUGGCACGAGCAGACAAGGUAACUGGCUAUCAAUCGGUGCCUUAA